AUGCCAUCAACUCCUUAAAAGUGUAGUCUGACCUAAUCACUCGUAAGAACAACAUGCAAAGGGGAAACAGUUGCAUUUGAAAUGAGUAGCGAGGGCAAGCACCACACAGAGGACUUAACAGAGGACUCAACAAACUACUGAUAAAGUCUCCUAAACUUCCUGGAUAUAUCAGCUAUGGCAACAGCCUGGGCCACUGCUGCCUCGACAGCCCAUCAGACUAAUAAUUCAACUUGCGACCUGUAUGAGCACAGAGAUACGGCACAUAUCCUGCUGCCCAUGUUCUACAGUGUUCUUUUCCUAAUCGGAAUGCUUGGAAACGCACUUGCUUUAGCUGUAAUUGUUAAGAACAGAAAGAAAAUGAAUUCUACUACUAUUUACUCAACCAAUCUUGUUGUAUCAGACAUUCUUUUCACUACGGCGUUGCCUGGAAGAAUAGCAUACUAUGCACUGGGCUUUAACUGGCCAUUUGGAGAAGCACUCUGCAGACUCUCAGCACUUGUCUUUUACAUCAACAUUUAUGCCGCUGUGAACUUCAUGACAUGCCUGAGCAUUGACAGGUUUGUCGCCGUGGUUCAUCCUUUACGCACAAAGAUCAGAAGAGUUAAAUGUGCCACGUAUAUCUGUUGCUUUGUGUGGUGUCUUGUACUUGCCCAAACCAUUCCAUUGCUUUUACAAGAAAUGUCAUACCAGGAAGGAGAAAUAAUAACAUGCAUGGAAUACCCAAACUUUGAACGAAUUCCAAAUCUCCCUUGGAUACUUCUUGGAGCCUGCCUUCUGGGAUAUGCAUUUCCCCUUGGGAUUACACUAGUCUGUUACUCUAAAAUUAGUUGCAAACUCUGCCAUAUUGCAAGAGAAAACCCACUAGCUGAAAAGUCUGGAACCAACAAGAAGGCUUUUAAUACAAUUAUUUUUAUCAUCGUUGUCUUUGUCAUCUGUCUUACUCCGUAUCAUGUUGCCAUUAUCGUAUACAUGAUUAAGAAGAUUGUGCUUAAAGAUAUCAUUCCAUGCAGCAGUCGGCAAAUCUUCCAAAAGACCCUCCAUUACACUGUUUUCCUGAUGAAUUUAAACUGCUGUUUGGAUCCUUUCAUCUAUUUCUUUGCAUGCAGAGGAUACAAAAGAACAAUCAUGAAAAUAUUGAGACGUCAAGGAAGCAUAUCACUAUCGAGUGCUGUCAAAACAGCUCCUGAGGAAAGCUCUCGUGAUAUAGGAGACACACAGUUGUCUCCCCUUUCAACAUAUUUAAAUGGGAAAAGGUGAACACAAAUUAACAUUUGAAAUGUGCUUCCAGAGUUUCUAUUUCAGAAAACAUUGGUAACAGUAAAAACCAUGAACUAUUUCUUUUUUUUUUAAAGGAGCUAAUAUUUUUAUUCUUCCAGGAGUGGCAUGGAUUGGAGUGGUGAUGUAGCACAUGUAGCCACAAGAAAGAGAAAAACUGGCAUUGUAUUUGCUUUUAAAAUUUGGUUUCAUGUUUUUGUUUGUCCAUGUUACUUUAUCAUGGGGUGCAGUUAUGUCUAUUUCUAUUUCUGAAUCUCAGGAGCCCAGGCAGGAGAGUGAAUCACUUUUUGAUUUAGGGCUUAGACAGAGAAGCAAGCUAAAAUUAAACUGAAUGUUUAACUCCAGUUCAUUCACCCUUAACACCUAUGACUGGCACAAGGGAUAUACCUGGAAGGAAGCAUGCAAUAAUCUUUGCUUUUCCAUAGGUAAUUAACUAUGUAUAUAAAAUCAUCGUUUAUAUAUAAAAGCCUCCUGUCACAAGAAAGGGGUGAUUUGCCUAAUCUACCAGUGUGACUUUCCAAUCUACCAUGUAGACAUCUCCAAGAAUAUGCAGUAUACUGGCAAACAGUAGAGUAUGAAACUACCACAGCUGGGCAGAUGGUAAGCAACCAAGAUAGGGAGGAGGUCAGAAGCAGGGUGUGGCUAAGAAUGGCACUUCUGUUCAGUAGGAAGCAGUCACUGAUUUAAGCAAAAAAACACCCUGUCUCUUAGCUUCUAAAAGAAGAAAAUACAUGUACCGGUAGCAUGUUGUACAAGAGGAAGGAGGGAAGGGUUGUUAUCUACCAUCAGCAACAUCUGCAUCCUAAAAAUCCUUUGUUGAGUCUUCUGGUUUACUUUUCAUACUGUUUUGUUUUCCAUUAGUGAGUUCUUUUGCAUCCUGAUCCUUUGACUUUUUGUUUGUGUUCUUGUACCUACGUGCUGUCCUUUCUCAGAAUCAGGGGGUCGUUGGAUCACGAUGGGCUUGUUUUUUUUAAAUCCCACGCAUACAUAUAGGCAGCUGUGUUUUGGCAGAAACCAAUAACCUUGCUUGGAUUAAGGAUGAACUAUGAUAAAUUACCGUACUAAGAAUGCAAGGGAAGUCAUUCAUGGAAUAAGAGACUGAGGAAUGGGUAGAUAUGCACAAAAACAUAUAUUUUAUAAAUUCAGCUUUAAAAAAUUCUCCAGUAGGAAAAGUAAAGCAGCAGAACAAUAGUUUAAAAACUGGCAAUUAUGAAAUAUGUGUCUAUAAAAUGAGAGAUAUUGUGGUAAAGGGCAGUACCUAGUUUUAUAAGGCACUAACUCUCCCAAGAAUGAAACCCAGAAGCAGGAACAGGGAUUGGAGCUUGGGGUUUGGAUGGCAUAAGCUACUUGUAGUAUUUUUAGAGACAUAUCAAGUGAAAAUUAGGUGGUAUGUUUCAUUGUGGGAGUUCUGAUACCUCCUGAUGUUAUAAAUAGUUGUGGACUGGUACCUAAAAGCAGUUGCUCUGUAGUAAAACAAGCAGUGAACAUGUGGCACAUGACAGCUGCCCGUGCAGGUGCGGAACAGUGGCAGAGCUCAAGCUAGCAAAAGAACAGGAGUUAACACCACUACCAGUUCUCAUGCAGUGUCCUUCCUUCCAUUUAAGGAUCGAUAGAUUUUAAAACAUCAGAAAUGAGUUAGAGGAGCAUUCCCACGUGAGCCUGGUACUAGGUAGCAUGAAGUGACAGAUGAAAAACAUCCUGAUUUUUAGACUUUUAAGGGUGGUAUUUUCUUCUUCUAAAAAUCAUGUUUGGCAUGUUAAUAGGGUUUGAGACUCAUGGCAAUCAGCGACUUUGUUAUUUGUCUGAAGGGGAAAUGUAACACAAUAUCUAUUCUUUAGGAAAAUAUACAAAUAUAGUCAAAGCAAAUUAAAACCAACUACUAGCAAUAUCCAACCUAUGUUCAUUUCACUUAUUUGUAUAUUCCUGCUAUUUUCCUGGACGCUUUAGUUUUAUUCUAAGAGCAAGAAAAGUUGGGUCUACAAAAAGGUACCAAUGCCACAUAUGCCUAUUAUAAACAUUGUUGUAAUAGCAAACUUGAGCUCAAGCCGAAAAAAUGAAGAGCUUUACACAAUAAAGGCUUAAAGAACUGGGGCAUAUUAACUCAAUUCCCUUUAAUGUAAAGCUAGUGAGGAAUGGUGCCCUAAAGCACUGUUUCUCAUGGUGGCCUGGAGCCACUUUCAGGUGUGCCUCCUUGCAGCUGCCUGCCCAGCACCUUCUUGCUUGCCUGUCUCACCCACUAGCCAUCCCAUGGCCUUUUGGUUGGACCAACUCCUUGCAUGCUGAACAAAGGUGGUCACAAGAUGGAGAAACUGGGGGAAGGAGGAGGUGGGAAAUAACGUCUUCCCUCAAUGCCAGAAGUUUCGCCAUCACGAACCCAAUACAAUAUGUAUUAAACCAGGGAUGGGGAAACUAUGGCCCUUGCGAUGCUGUUGGAUUGCAACUCCCAUCAUCCCUGACCAUCUUCCCAUCCUUGCUGGGGUUAAGAGAGUUAGAGUCUAACAGAAUGUGGUGGGCCCCUGGUGCCCUAUCUGUGCAUUAAACAAUACAUAAUAGUCAACAUAAAAAAACUUUUACAAACACACACACAGAGAGAGAGAGAGAGCAGAGAGUAUAUAAUAUUCAAAAAACAAACAAACCCAACAACCUGGAUGAUAACACAGUUCUAGUACUCCUGUAUUAAUGUUGAUGGUGAGACAGUGUCUCGACUAAAGCCAUUACUGAGUUGAGAUUUGGACCAUCAAUUGUAUCCCACCCUCUUUAUUACUACACGACACAAGCUCUUCUCCACCUUUUGCAAUGUUCUUGGUGGCUAAUGCUAAAGGAUAAUACAGAAUUCUGUCCCUUUAAGCAAGAGAAACCAGGCACCAAACUUUCUGCAGUUAGUAUCUGGCGAGUUACUAGCUUUCCUGCUGAGACGCUAUAAGUGGAAGUGCCAGUUAUCAAGGAUCAUGAGAUGUGUGGGUAAUGGGACAAGUUACUUAAGUAUCUGCAAAUACAAAGGGCAUGAAAAUUAGUUGGUGCAGACAAACUCUUUAUAUUUCAUUGCAGGUACUUUCAGAUAUCACUAUUACUGUCCAGCAAUGUCCCUUCCAUUGCAUAGAGAUGGUAAAUGCAAUGUGCAGUGGCUUAAGAUUCAGCCAUCUGCCUGUCAUUAACCUUCUGGAAAAGACAUACAUAUAUUUAGGCUGAGGUACUGUCAAUGCUGCAAAGAGUCACAAGUUAUCUGCAAAGUCCUGACAUUUCAGAUCAGUAUCUCAUGACCUCCCAUUGUGGCUUCAUCCUUGGCAAUGAAGAGGAAGGAAGUAUGGUGACUAAGCCUGGCCAGAGGUACUCUUCACUUUAUAAAUGUGGCCUCACAAGGCAAAAAGACAUUGACAGUAUUUUCA